AUGGUGCCCGUCAACUUCCAGCCAGGCCAGGGCUGCAACGGCAUCGGCUCUACGCUGGGUCUCAACAAUCCGCAGAGUUCCCAGUUCUUGGCCAGCCCCGAGGCGAAUAUCUCCAUUGAGGCCAGUGACACUUGCAACGGGAUCUCUAUCUCAGGAAAACUGAAAGUGGUCCUCCACAACCAUUCUCUAUGGCUCAAGUUUUACGGACAGCAGACAGAAAUGAUUCUUAACAAGCCAGGCAGGCGGAUGUUUCCCUUCCUGGUUUACAAAAUCCAUGGGAUGAACCCCGUUGCUCAUUACCGAGUAUUUCUGGAAAUAGUACCGGUUGAUGAAUACCACUGGAGAUUUCAGGAUGGCAGAUGGUCUCAGUGUGAAAAAACGGAGAACAACAUGCCAGGGAAUCUGCUGUAUGUCCACCCAGACUCCCCCAACACAGGAGCACACUGGAUGAAUAAAGAGAUCAAAUUUGAAAAACUCAAGAUGACUAACAACAAGGAAGCUACUAAUAGUGAGAACAAGAUGAUAUUAUUGCAGUCCUUCCACAAAUACCAACCGAGGCUUGGUAUUGAAGAGGUGAGGUAUGGAAAACAUGAAACAACUUCUUCCUCUUUCACCCACAGCUUCACUUUCCCAGAAACAGAAUUCAUUGCUGUAACUGCAUAUCAAAAUGCUAAGCUCUCCCAACUCAAAAUUAAGUACAAUCCCUUUGCCAGAGGCUUUAGAGAAAGCUACCAUAGUGAAGAAAGUGUGACUAAGUGCCACUCAACAGCAAACUCUACUGCCAUGACCACAACCUCCCCUGAAACAGUUUCUGGUGGCUCCUCACUGGAGCUGGGAGAGGGUUCUUGUCAAGCCAAGGAAAGAGCACCACUGAGUCCUGGGCUUUUGGGCCAGGCUUCUCAGCCCCUCCAGCAGGGCUGUACUUAUGACUCCACUCGCAGCAGCAGCAACCUUCUGUCCUUGGGCAUUGGUGGCAUGGAGCAUGGCUUUCUGCCCUUCACUUCUCCACCCACCACCCACCACAACCCCAGAGAGGAUGUUGUGGUCCCUCAAGGGGACUGGUGCCCUUCUUCCUCAUCUAACUUUACCAAGAACAGUCGAGGAUGGCUCCAGUCUGUACCCUCGGUGUCCAUGGACACUGUCACUAGGGCUGAGGAAGAGAUGCAACUUGAAGGAGAGCCCUGGACCUAUGCCCUGACAUCACAUUCUAAUGACUCUGGACUGGGUGAAGAAGUGUCAAAGAAGAGAGCUUUGUCUCCUGAUGAUUCAAGGGAUGAAAUGUGCCCAGGAUGGAAACACGGACAACAACAGGCCAGGCACCUGACAUCUUUAGAAUUCUGUGCCACUAUGAUCUCCACUGAAAAUGCUUCUAGUGGUUAUACAGUAGGCCCAGGAGAAGGCACUUGUGAAAUUGUGGAUGAGAUGUCCCUGACUCCUGGGUUCCUUCCCCAGCUCUCCAAGAAGCCUAUGGACUAUGCCUGUGACUCUGUUCAUAGUAGCAACAACCUCCAGUCUUUGGGCAUGAAUGGCAUGAAUCCUGGACUUAGCACCUCCAUUUGUUCACCAACCGUGCCCUUUGGCCAAAGACAGGAUGUUAUGGACCCUGCAGGGGACUGUCCCACUUUCUCCUCAGCUGACUCCAACAUGAACAAUGGCAGCUGGCUACACUCAGUACCCCCAGUGCCCAUGUACCCUCUCGUGGGAACUCAGAAAGAGGUGGAUCCUGAUGAGGAACUACUGACCUAUGCCUCUACAUUACAAUCUCUUGACCCAGGAUGCCAGGUCCGAGACUUCUGCUCCUGGAGUAGUGUCCUGGUCAUUGAGCCGGGAAGGAAGGAUCGAAACCCACCAGCAUUGCUUCAGAGAAGGUCUUCUGAUCGCUCUUGCGGCUAG